UUCAAUGUGCCGUCCCUAGGUUCGCUAUACAAGCAGUUUGAAACGCUUCCCCCAGACCUGCGCCGCUACCAGAUCGAUAUCCUUGGCCUCCAAGAGACCAAGCUGUAUGAGCUGGGGCGCUUUGAGGUCGGAGACUACUUACUACUAACGUUGCCGGCACAGGAAGAGCGCUACGGAGUUGGAUUUACCAUAUCUCCUCGCGUUACUCCUUACCUCCGUCGGUGCUGGGCUCACAGCGACCGUAUCGGCAUCUUGCAGUUUUCCAAGCGAGCGGAAAACAAGACCACCUGGAGCCAGCGCAAGCGGACACACUGUGUCUACAAUCAAAUCGACUACGUACUCUGCCCUCAGAGUUGUAGACGGUUCUGUCUAGAUACCCAGUCCUGGGGUGGGGCCAUCACCCCGUCCGACCACAAGAUCGUCACCGCGGACUUUGAGCUCAAGCACAUCCGUCGCCUCCGGUUUCCGUCGCGUCGCACAAGCGGCACAACUGUUCACCUCGCACGCAUCGUGUUAGUUCACAACGACGACUCCAGAACCGCUUACGCAUCAGCCCAUCGCAGACCAUCGGGUUUUCUUCGCCGGAUCAACGACGCUGCCGCAGCUACGACGAUCCGCUGCUCGCCGCGCUGUCCGAGCAACAACGCCAGCUCCGGCUCCGCAUUUACAACGACACAUCGGCCAACACAGCGCUGCUGCGCUCUCAGCGAAACAAGAUCCUACACCAGAUCCGCACUCGCUGCUGUGACCUCGCUAACAUGGCCCUCGACGAAAAGGUUUCACGCAUCGAGGCUUCAAGCGACUCUCACAAAAUGUUCGUUGCCGUCCGCGAUCUCGCCCGCAAACCGACACAGCAGCUUCUAAUUCAAGACUCAUCAGGUAAGUAUAUACUUCACAGAAACACAGCUAACAAAUUGUCCGAGAUCACUUCCAAGAACAGUUUCUAAAUCCAGAUCAAGCUCAAGUAUCGCCAGACCCAACAGCUCAACCCCUCGACUGCCCAAUCACGCCGGACGAAGUCCGUGGUGCCCUCCUUCGACUGAACAACGGUC